AUGAUGACGUGCCGUCUGCUGUGCGCCCUGUUGGUGCUCGCCCUGUGCUGCUGCCCGUCUGUGUGCACCUCAGAGUCUCCGAAGAUGGAUGAUGCUUCUAGUGCGACGACGAACACGAUAACACAGACACCAACCGCUAACAAGUCGGGUGGCGCUGAUGAAAGCGUAAAAAGUCAUUCAUCUACUUCUUUAGAGUCAGGACUACAAGAGAAGGAUCACUCAGUGUCAUCAGUUUUGGGUCCCGUUGCGGACAGCGGAACAAAAGCCGGAGCGGAUCCAGGUGGGGCCACUCCGGAAAAACAAUCAAACGGCCCGAACAAUGUGGUACAUACCGAAGUCAAGAGAAGCACGACAGAGUCACAAAGUGGUACGAGUGUUUCCUUGGAAAAUGAAGAUAAUGAAGCCGAAGAUGCUCCCACGACAAACACGACGACCACAAAAGUGCCCAUUACGUCCACUACUGCGCCAGUGGCACCAAGUACUACGACCACAGAGGCACCAACCACGACGACCACCCGCGCACCAUCACUUCUUCGCGAAGACGACGGCAGCCUCAGCAGCUCUGCGUGGGUGUGUGCUCCGCUGCUGCUCGCCGCAUCCGCGGUGGCGUACACCACUGUGGGCUGA